UUAUCCCAAGUUUUUGUUUUUCCCUUUCCGCUUUGCGUAUCAGCCAGCCGGACGUUUUUCACCUUCAUCUUCCAAUCUCUCUCUCUCUCUUUCUCUCGCCAAUUCUCAUUUUUUGCAGAGAUUUUAGGAAGAAGUAUGAUUAUUUGAAGAAUUUGGGAGAGAGACAUUGGGUUCGUUGUAAAAAUGCGGGUGCUUGGUUUGAGCUCAAGCUUAUGUUCUGGUGAGGAGAAGCAACAAGACAUCACUGGAGGAGGAGGAGAAGGCGUUCUCACUCCUGUCUAUCUCAACGUCUAUGAUCUUACUCCUGUCAACAAUUAUCUCUAUUGGUUCGGCCUUGGCAUAUUUCACUCUGGCAUUGAAGCUCAUGGUUUCGAAUAUGGAUAUGGGGCUCAUGAGUAUUCGAGCAGUGGGGUAUUUGAGGUUGAACCUAGGAGCUGUCCAGGUUUCAUCUUUAGGCGGUCUGUUUUGUUGGGAACCACCAGCAUGUCUCGCACAGAUUUCCGCUCAUUCAUGGAGAAGCUUUCGAGAAAGUAUCAUGGGGACACAUACCAUCUGAUUGCCAAAAACUGUAACCAUUUCACAGAAGAAGUAUGCUUGCAGGUAACAGGAAAGCCUAUUCCCGGAUGGAUUAAUCGGAUGGCUCGAGUUGGUUCUUUCUGUAACUGUAUCCUUCCAGAAAGCAUACAGAUCUCAUCGGUUAAUCAUCCCGAAGCCCUCGAGUUCUCUGAUGAUAACGAUGGAUCAGAAGAGUCAGUUACAUCUUCAGUGUCGUACGAAACAGAUGGAGAAGGAUCGGAUCAUCAUCUGAUAACAGCACCAAACAGCGACAUUGCGUAUCUACAAGACAGACCAGUGCGACUUGCCCGAGAGCUCCUCCAAGAACCAGAUGAUGAUGCUGAUGCAUCUCCUGAGUUGUUGUUGAAGCGAUCUUGAUCAUGAUCAUCAUCAAGAAGUUCUGUUGUCUGUAAACAGAAGUGAGGCAAUGGGUCCAUUUUGAGUAUUCUCAUUCUUUGGAUCUAGAAAUGUAAAAAUAGAAAGAAAAAAAAAGAAAAAAAAAGAAGAUAUGUAAUUUAAAUGAGAACCCAUCUCAAGAUUGUUGGAUUGUAGUGUAAGAUUAGAGACGACAAAUGGUGUGAACUUGUCGACACAAAUUGUGCCUUCUUCUUCUUCUCUCCCUGAGUUCACAUUUCAGAGUAUCAUCAUAAUUUAUAAGA